GCGCCGCGGGCGCACGGACGGCGGUUGGACCGAGCCUCGGGCGGACCGCGGACGGGUGGCGGCGAUGGCGACCGCGAUGGCAGCGACGGCGGCGGAGCGAGCGGUGCUGGAGGAGGAGUUCCGCUGGCUGCUGCACGACGAGGUCCACGCCGUGCUCAGGCAGCUGCAGGACAUCCUCAAGGAGGCCUCACUCCGCUUCACUCUGCCGUGCUCUGGUGCAGGCACCGAGGGGCCUGCCAAGCAAGAGAACUUCAUUCUCGGCAGCUGUAGCACAGACCAGGUGAAGGGCGUGCUGACUCUGCAAGGGGACGCGCUGAGCCAGGCGGACGUGAACCUGAAGAUUCCCCGGAACAACCAGCUGCUGCACUUUGCCUUCCGAGAGGACAAGCAGUGGAAGCUGCAACAGAUCCAGGAUGCCAGGAACCAUGUAAGCCAGGCCAUUUACCUCCUCGCCAACCGGGAUGAAAGCUACCAGUUCAGGACAGGAGCAGAGGUCCUCAAGCUGAUGGACGCUGUGAUGCUGCAGCUGACGAGAGCUCGCAACCGGCUCACCACGCCAGCCACCCUUACUCUGCCUGAGAUCGCUGCCAGUGGCCUCACGCGGAUGUUUGCCCCAGCGCUGCCCUCCGACCUGCUCGUCAAUGUCUACAUCAACCUCAAUAAGCUCUGCCUCACCGUGUACCAGCUGCACGCCCUGCAGCCCAAUUCCACCAAGAACUUCCGCCCCGCGGGAGGCGCCGUGCUCCACAGCCCCGGGGCCAUGUUCGAGUGGGGCUCCCAGCGCCUGGAGGUGAGCCACGUGCAUAAGGUGGAGUGUGUGAUCCCGUGGCUCAACGACGCCCUGGUCUUCUUCACUGUGUCCCUGCAGCUCUGCCAGCAGCUCAAGGAUAAGAUCUCCGUGUUCUCCAGCUACUGGAGCUACAGGCCUUUCUGAGCAGAGCACCCAAGAGCCUGACCCCCAGGGGAAUGGCCCCUGUCCCCCCUCACCCAUCCCCCCCAGGAACGUUGGCCAGAGCCAGAACCAGGCGGCAUGGGCUAUUAUUUAUUUCUCUCUUUGCCCCAUCCUGCCCAUCACAUUUGCACAGAUGGAAAUGAGCACUGGAAGCACGGAGAGACAGGGAUGCUGGCUUGCUUUUUCUUUUACUGGGGGUGGUCAGGAAGGCAGAGCCCAGAGGUGGCCCACAUUCCAAACCCUGCCCUCCCUUCACAGCGGGAACCUUUGGACUUGGGGUGGCGCCAGGCCCAGGGCUCUCCUCCUCCCUCCUCUUUCUGCCUUCUGACCUGCCCCAGGAUGGUGACGGGCAGCCGUACUCUCCCCUCUGUUGGAGGGUGAGGAGUGGGCAAGGGCCCUAAGCUGGGAGUCAGGAGGGCAGACAGAACCAUCCACCGCCUCGCUGUGGUGUCCUUGAAUGUGUUUGCUCCGCAUCCCUGACAAGGCCUCCAGGAAAUAAAGAUCAUCUGACUACCUGGA